AUGGUAUGCGUCAGAGAGUGGGAGAAUCGCGGAGGUGAGGGAAAUGGCAUCGAAAUCGCAGUGAAAUUGCUCGGUGCGGAUCAUGAAGAUGCCCUUGCGAGUACUGCGAUAUUAGCUGAAGGCUAUUCACUAGAGGGCCUCUGGGAGGAGGCGGAGCAGCUCGACGUACAGGUCAUAGAGACUCGCAAGAGGAAGCUCGGCGUGGACCAUCCCUCUACGCUGACGAGUAUGGCCAACCUAGCAUCGACAUAUCGGAAUCAGGGCCAAUAG